GUGCUCUAACCAAUUGAGAUAACUGGACUUGGUAUCAUUUGAGGAUGUGGCUGUGGACUUCACCUGGGAGGAGUGGCAGGACCUGAAUGAUGCUCAGAGAACUUUGUAUAGAGAUGUGAUGCUGGAGACCUACAGCAACCUAAUGUCACUGAAUGUCCAGAUAGAUGAUGACCUCAUGGAGAGGAAGCAUGAAAGUCAUAGUAGAUGCUUGCAGCCAGUUGUAAUCACCAACAGCAACACAUCAGCUGAGGAGAGAGUUGUGUUAGGAAAAUCCUUUUAUUUGAACUCAUAUCAUGUUUUAAAUCAGAUUAUACAUAAUGGAAAGUAUUCAGGAAAGGGAAAUGAGUUUUACAUAUGUCAGAAUGCUCUUCUUCCUAGAGAGCCUGAUGAGAUGCCUGCUGGAGAGAAAUCUGAUAAUGAUCAUAUAACUAGAAAAUGGCCCAGACAUCAUGAGCAUCUUAGUCAGCAUCCCAAUAUUCAAACUGGGAAGCAGAUUUUAGAAUACAGUGGAAAAGGGAAAUCCUCCAACACAGAGCCAAUAAUAUUUACACAUAAAAAGAUUCAUACGGAUGAGACCACCUAUAAGUAUAACGAGUAUGGGAAAGGUAAGUCACCUGUCAUUGUCCAAGAAAUAAAUCAGGUAGAAAGGAAAACUCUUCAAUGUGUUAUAUGUGGGAAAAUGUUCUGUAAGAAGUCUGAACUCACUAAACAUCAGAUUACACACACAGGAGAGAAACACUAUAAAUAUACUGAAUGUGAGAAAUCUUUUGCUAAGAAAUUAUACCUUACCUCACACCAGAGAACAGCUACACAGGAGAAGCUUUAUGGUUGUAAUGAACAUGAGAAAAAUUUUUGUCAGAAGUCAGACCUUACAGUGCAUCAGGGAACUCACACAGGAGAAAUGUAUUAUGGAAGCAUUAGCUGUGGAAAAAGCUUCUGUGAGAAUUCACUCCUCAGCCAUUCUGAGAGAGUUCGCCCAGCUGAGAAACCAUAUGAAUGUAGAGAAUGUACAAAAUUUUUCUACCAUGUGUCAGCCCUCACCGUAUAUCAGAGAGUUCACACAAGUGAGAAACAACAUAAAGAAUAUAAAAAAACAUUUUACAGUAAUAAAUGUAAACCCUUUCUCCAGAAGUCACACUGCAACAGUCAUCAGAGAACUCACACAGGUGAGAAACCAUGUGAAUGUAAGGAAUGUGGAAAAGCUUUUAACCAAAUGUCAAGCCUCAGCAUUCAUCCUAGAACUCACACAGGUGAGAAACCAUAUGAAUGUAAAGAAAGCAGAAAAUCUUUUAACCUAAAGUCAGAUUUCAGCAGGCAUGAGAGAAUUCAAACACUUGAGAAACCAUAUGAAUGUAGGGAAUGUGGAAAAGCUUUUAACCAAAAGUUUUACUUAAGCAUUCAUCAGAGAACUCACACAGGUGAGAAACCAUAUGAAUGUAAAGACUGUGGAAAAGCUUUUAGCCAAAAGUCAAGCCUCAGCAUUCAUCAGAGAACUCACACUGGUGAGAAACCAUAUGAAUGUAAAGAUUGUGGAAAAGCUUUUACCCACAAGUCAUCCUUCAGCAUUCAUCAGAGAACUCACACAGGUGAGAAACCAUAUGAAUGUAGAGAAUGUGAAAAAACUUUUAAGCAAAAGUCACACCUCAGCAUGCAUCAGAGAACUCACACAGGUGAGAGACCAUAUGAAUGUAAAGAAUGCGGAAACGCUUUUAACCAGAACCUCACCAUUCAUCAGAGAACUCACACAGGUGAGAAACCAUAUGAAUGUAAAGACUGCGGGAAAGCUUUUACCCACAAGUCAGGCAUCAGAAAACAUGAGAGAAUUCACACAGGUGAGAAACCAUAUGAAUGUAAAGAAUGUGGAAAAGCUUUUAGCCAAAAGUCAAACCUCAGCAUUCAUCAGAUAACUCACACAGGUGAGAAACCAUAUGAAUGUGAAGAAUGUGGAAAAGCUUUUAGCCAGAAGACAGGCCUCAGCAGGCAUGAGGUAAUUCAUACAGGUGAGAAACCAUAUGAAUGUAAAGACUGUGGAAAAGCUUUUACCCACAAGUCAUCCUUCAGUAGGCAUCAGAAAAUGCAUACAUUUGAGAAGCCACAUGAAUGUAAAGAUGGACAAGCUUUUACCCACAUGUCAGACAUCAGGAAACAGAGAAUUCACACAGGUCAGAAACCAUAUGAAUGCAAAGAAUGUGGAAAAGCUUAACCAAAAAUCACACCUCAGCAGCCAUCAAAGAAUUUGCAUAGAUGGGAAAACAUGUGAAUGUAAGGAAUGUGGGAAACAGUUUACUGGAACUCACUAUAAUAGACAUGAACAAAUUCACACAUGGGAAAAUCCUAAUUCAUGUA